GUAGCGGAGGGAGCAAAAUGGCGGACGAAGAUAUUACGCUUGAUGGAAAACCUCUACAAUCGCUCCGAGUUGCGGAUUUGAAAGCUGCCCUUGAGCAAAGGAACCUCCCGAAAAGCGGCCAGAAAAACACACUCAUUAAGCGACUGAAAGGGGCUCUAAUGCUGGAAAACCUACAGAGGUCAUCCUCUACUCAAAGUGUUCUGCAGCCAAACUCUCAGAUCGGUGAAGAGAUGUGUCAGAACAGCUUCAUAAAGCAGUACCUGGCCAAGCAGCAGGAGCUGCUUCGUCAGAGACUCGAAAGAGAGGCCCAGAAAGAAGAUGACGAUGAUGAUGAAAGCCCAGCCGGACCGGAGGAGGAGGAUGAUGAAGAUAACGACAGCUCAUCAGAUAAACAUCAGCCUUCACUGGCUCAGUCUGCAGUACCUGACCUUAGAGGAGGAGAUUCUUCUUUCCACCACCAGGAGGCUCUUGAAACUCCACGUGUCAGAGUACAGCAGGCUACCUUUCAGCAGGGGGAGCCCCCAGCCCCCUCCCCUCCCCGUGCUGUUGCCUCCCUGUCAGUGCGUGUGGUGGGACAGCCCGACUGCCAGGGAUUUCCACUCGCUUCUCCUCGUCCCCAGGAGAAGGAGCCUGCAGGACUCAGUCAACCUGGAUCGGCUCACCCUGUCCUGAACCUCGGUCGUUCUGCCAAGAGUUCGGCAGGAAAUCACGUCCGGGAUGACAGCGACGAAGACGACAAUGAUAGUGACAAUGAAGACGAGGACUGGGGACCAGACCCGGGCAGAUCAGGACGCCAAAAGAGAAUGCCUCCCUCGCUGCCACAGCUGGCCCCCAACAUGUCAUCAGCUGCUUCGAGGUCUAAACGCAAGCUUCAGCCUCCGCAGCACAUCCUGCCUCCACAGGUAGAUCCCAUCCCCAUGCAGCUGCGCCACCCCACACCUCCACCCUCUCCACCCCCUAACUUGUUCCCCUUACCUGACACGCCCAAGCAAAGCCCGCCAGACGAUCAGGAACGCCACGGCCUCCGAGAGGCGCAGGCGGCAUCUUUCCACCCCCCCUCGAUGCAGAGACAAGAUUCAGAUUCAAGCUCACGGUCAAGCAGCCCUGAACCACAUGUGGUGCGCCGACCCGGACCCCUGUCUCUGCUCGUACACAAGAUGGAGACAGAGGAGGCUUCUUCAGCCCGUGGCUUGUCAGAAGAGAAGGCGCACUCAACAUCUGGGCGCUCCGGUGAAUCUCUGCCACAGCACGGAUCAGAAAAGGAGAGAAAGAUGAAAGAGGAGAAGGAGAGAGAACAACAGCAGGGGCUGGAGAAGGAAAGAAGGAAAACCCAAGAACAGGAACGAGAGAAGAAGCGCUCAGGGGAGAAGAAGGAAGAGAAAACUCGACUGGAAGAGGAGAGGAAGCGGCGUCAGAGAGAGGAACAGGAAAAAGAGAGAAAACGUCGAGAGCAGGAAAAUGACCGGAAACGUAAGGAAGAGGAAAAGAAAAGAGAGGAGCGACGGGUGAAGGAGGAAAAGGAAAAGAAACGGAAGAAAGCCAGUGAAGACAGGAUGGUGGCAGAGACUCAAGGUUCAGGUUCCUCUUCAGAUUCUGAUUCCAAGUCAGACUCUUCAUCACAUUCGUCAUCUUCCUCCUCGUCCUCUUCCAGAGAUAAAACCCAAACUGCAAACCAGCUGAAGAAGGCAGACCAAAAGCAAGACGGAGAAGACGAGAAGAAGGCUAACUUGGGUAAAGCGUUGGAGAAACAAAACCUUUCAAAAAGGGAGGUUUCGGAGCCCAGCACUGCAGAGGUGGAACCAGACUCUGAGAGCUCUGUGGCCCAGCAGCCAGCUUCUGGGUCAGAGCCAGAGAGCAGCGAGAGCCGGAUGGAGGAGAGCACCACUCCUAAGGCUUUUGCCGCUCGCAAGAUUUCCUUAAGCAGCAGCAAGGCUUCUCCAGCCAGAACAGAUGGAGCGGCAGCAGAGCCCGACACUGGAAAUGCAGGAGGGAGGAAGAGGCGAUGGGGCUCCAGCACAGCAGUUACUGUUAAGAAACCAUCGAUCAGCAUCACCACAGACUCACUGAAGUCUUUGAUUCCUGACAUUAAAGUGAACCAGGAGGAGGUUGUGGACAUUCACCCUGAGGAGCUGUAUUUGUCUGGAGACGAGGAGAACCUGGACACCAGUCGGGGCGACCCAGACAAAGGCCUCAAGAUCCGACGCACCGUCACGCAGGUUGUUCCAAGUGACAGCCAGGAAAACGGGCAAACAAACGAAGAAGAAGAAGACGUGGAGAAAGCUGAGAAAGAAACGCCACACAGGACUCCACCAAAAGACAAUCGGAGGAGCAGUCUUUCAGAUGAACCCCCAGAACCGCAGAUAUCUGUGAACCUGGAUGGAGAGACAAAGAAAGUUACUCCCAGCGACAGUCUGGUUCGCCGCUCCAUCAGUCAGCAGAAGUCCGGUGUCUCUGUCACAAUCGACGACCCUAUUCGCUCAACCAGGCAGCCCUCACCGCCACGUGGAAAAGUCUCCAACAUCAUCCACGUGACGAACCUGGUACGACCCUUUACCCUGCUACAUCUCAAGGAGCUGCUGAACCGGACAGGAAGUGUGAUGGAGGAGGGUUUCUGGAUUGACAAGAUCAAGUCUCACUGCUACGUCACAUACGCUACCACAGAGGAAACCGUCGCCACCAGGACGGCUCUGCACGGAGUCAGAUGGCCUGCUAGUAAUCCCAAGGUGCUUAGCGUGGACUUUUGUGAGCAAGAUGAGCUGGACUUUCACAAAGGCAUCUUGAAGCCAAAGAAAGAGGAGGAGCAUGUUGCCCAGCUGGUCGUUCCUCAGAACCGGCUGCCCCCUCUGAUGCCCGAGCGGGACCGGGACCGAGACAAGGAGCGUGAGCGGGACAGGGAACGGGAACGGGACCGAGGAGUCCGGGAUCUGUGGGCAGAGCGUCAGAGGGAGAUGGAGCGCCGUGAAAAGGCGCGAGGCGAGCGAGAAUGGGACCGGGAUAAAGUCUGCGAUUUUUCAAGACCGGGAGAGGACGGGCGGCGAUCUCGAUCCAGAGAGCGAGAGAGGAGGAGGAGGGAGAGAGCAAAGAGCAGGGAGAGGAAGAGUGACAAGAAGGAGAAAGAUGAGCCUCCUGCUAAAUUACUAGACGACCUGUUCCUGAAGACCAAAGCAGCUCCUUGUAUAUACUGGCUUCCCCUCACUGAAGAGCAGGCAACUCAGAGGAUCUUAGAACGCUUGGAGCGGCAGAAGGAGCGCGAGCAACGGCGCAAGGAGCAAGAUGAGGCGAACAAAAAGCGUGAAGAAGAGAAGAAGGUUGAAAGGCUGAAAGGUCGGGAGAAAGACAGCACGACAACAAGCGGCGUGGCCGCCAGCAGAGGAGCCAACGGAGACCGGGAGCGAGAGCGGGUCCGAGACAGAGAGGGGGACAAGAGGAAAGACGGCAGCCACCGAUCCAAGCGGCCCUCACCAGGCUUUGGCAGCGGGCGGCGUUCUCGUAGUCGUAGCAACCCCAGAGAACGGCGUCGCUGAGACGCUGGAGAGGGAGGCAGAGGGCAGGAAGUGAUGAAAGGCAGGGUUUCCACUUCCUGCCGUGUGUUGAGGAUUCACGGGGCUUUAAUUUCCUCACUUUUGACGCCAGCGUCGUCUUCCGCGCUAUUCUCCCUCCUCCUUAAUGUUCACGCUCAAAAACAUACUUUGUCAUUUAUAGAAAAUCAUCCGUACGUCGAGCUCGGUCUACGUUUUAUGAUCUUUGUUUUUGGACAGCAAAUUGUCUUUUUUUUUCUUUUGUAGAGAGCAGCUCUCUUAGUUUCUGUAACGUUUAUUUUGUGUUGGAAGAAAAGAAGCCGAGGGCGGUCGUUUUCAGGCUUCAUUUUUGUCCCUCUGAGGUUUCAGAGUCGGCCUCGUUAUUUUAGCUCUGCGGCCGCUCCUUCCUCCACUCAGCCCUGUAAUAAAACCAGUCCAAAAUAGAUCUGACCAUGACUUCACAUCUUUCCCUCCGCUCUUCAGCACUGAUAUAUAUCUAUGUAUGCACAACAAAAAAUGUCCCAACAAGCUUUUCUUUCAAAGUAGAAUUUGUUGUUUUUGAACCGUGAUUAUUUUUCUAAUAUGGAGGGUUGUUGUGUUGCAUCUCACUUAAAAGAUACCAGCUGGUCUCCACUGUAACCAAUAGGAAAAGAUGUGCUAACAUGUCCCAGUUUGUAUUUAUCAGAUGUUAUUGAGGACGAGAGGACAGGAACCUCCUCCGGCCCCUUCAUAUUAAAGGAGGUAAAAAUCCACUUUCUUCAAAAA